AUGGGCAAGAAGGCGCGACGCAAAUCAACGACCUCUUCGGAGGAAAAGGAUGUAAACGCCAAGGAGGUCGCUGCUGCUGUGGCGAUACCGCAGGUAGAAACUGCCGUUGCUGCUAGUGAUGAGAAACCAAAGAAGAAAAAAUCGAAGAAGGGUAAAAAGGAGGAGGAGACGAAGUCUACCGAGACUGUGAAGCAGGAAGAGGAGCCCGUGGAGGCGAAUGUAGGCGACGAGCAGGACGAAGAGACGGAACAGGCCAUCGCUGAGGCCACCAACCUCGCCGAGAGCACUGUGGACGAGCGAUAUUUCUCUAGCGAGGAGUUUGCCUCGCUGCCGCUGUCCGAGCCAACCCGCAAGGCUCUGGUCGACAUGGGAUUUACCAAAAUGACCAAGAUCCAGUCCAAGUCGAUCCGUCCACUGCUUGCAGGCCAGGAUCUGCUAGGUGCGGCCAAGACGGGUUCUGGUAAGACGCUGUCAUUCCUGAUUCCGGCGGUCGAGCUGCUGCACAAGGUGCGCUUCACGGCGCGCAAGGGUACGGGCUGCAUUGUCAUCUCGCCUACGCGUGAACUGGCGCUUCAGAUUUACGGUGUCGUGCGCGAUAUUUGCAAGUAUCACUCGCAGACACACGGUAUUGUCAUGGGUGGUGCCAAUCGCCGCGCCGAGGCGGAGCGUCUGGUGAAGGGUGUGAACAUUCUGAUCUCAACUCCAGGACGUCUGCUUGAUCAUCUGCAGAACACGAAGGCGUUCAUUUACCACAACCUGCAGAUUCUCGUGAUUGAUGAGGCUGACCGUAUUCUGUCCAUUGGUUUCGAGGAGGAAAUGCGCCAGAUUAUCAAGUGCAUCCCGAAAGAGCGCCAAACCAUGCUGUUUAGUGCAACACAAACGAAAAAGGUUGAAGACCUUGCUCGUUUGUCCAUCAAGGAGAAGCCCGUGUACGUCGGAGUUGAAGAGGAGGACACGAAGGCGACGGUUGCCACCCUGGAGCAGGGCUACGUCGUGACCCCGAGUGACAAGCGUUUCCUUUUGCUGUUCACGUUCCUCAAAAAGAACUUGAAGAAAAAGGUGAUGGUUUUCUUCUCGUCGUGUAGUGCCGUCAAGUUUUACGGCGAGUUGCUCAACUACAUUGACAUUCCCGUGUUGGAUAUUCACGGCAAGCAAAAACAAAACAAGCGUACAACUACGUUUUUCCAGUUCUGUAACGCGAAGACAGGUAUCCUAUUGUGUACGGACGUGGCAGCGCGUGGUCUUGAUAUCCCGGCAGUGGACUGGAUUAUUCAGUUCGACCCGCCUGAUGAUCCUCGCGAAUACAUCCAUCGUGUGGGUCGUACUGCUCGUGGUGCUAAGGGCAAGGGUAAGGCGCUACUUAUGCUGUUGCCUGAUGAACUCGGCUUCUUGAAGUAUCUGAAAGCGUCGAAGGUGGCGCUGAACGAGGCGUGGCCAAGUCGUUUGGACUCCAAGUUCCACCAAAGGUGA